AUGCGACCAGAGAAAAGCCAGGAAGUCAAGGACAGCAGCCCACCCUUCACGGUAGAAGCCAUCGCCCGCACGUACUUCUACAGGCACAAGGCGUACGUCAUCGUCGGAGAAGCGAGCAGCUUCGCUCUCGAGUUCGUGCACUGGAUGGUCAGUCGAGGCUGCCGGAAUCUUCUUCUCACCGCAAGUCAAGGUGCGCUGACGGGGUAUCAACGUCUCUGCCUGCAUCGGUGGCAGACAGCCGGCGCCUCGGUAGUCGUCAGCGAAGCCGACGUGUCGACCACGCAUGGUGCUCUGCAGAUUAUCGAGGAGGCCGAAGCAAUGGGUCCUAUCGGCGGCAUCUUCAACGUUUCUGUGUGCCACGAAGACAGCUGGGUAGCCAAUCACGCGACCGAGGUGUACCAAACCGACUACAAGACCAGAGCCGAGGGCAUGCGGCAUCUAGACGAGCAUUCCCGAAAAUUAUGCCCGCAACUCGACCACUUUGUCAUCUUCUCCUCAGUUUGUUCUGGUCGCGGGACUUCGGGCAGGACGCUAUCCGGUUACGUCGACUCCAUAUUAGAGCGCUUGUGUGAGCGCCGCGUGGCGGACGGGUUUCCCGGAGUGGCCAUCCAAUGGGGCGCCAUCGAUGAGGGUGGCCUCACUUACGAGGCCCAGCGCCACCAAGCGGCAUUCGAGGCGACACAGCCCCAGCAUAUAAAGUCUUCCUUAGCGGUCAUGGAGAAGUUCCUGAACCAAAGUCACCCCGUGGUCUCCAGCUUGGUCAAGGCUGAAGUCACUUCAAGUUCAGAGAAGAAACAAGAAAAGAACCCCCUCGUUGACUCGGUGGCACGAAUUCUCGGAUUUCAAGAUUCGUCGAAGCUCAACCAUAACAUCAAUCUCGGCGAGUUGGGCUUAGACUCUGUGAUGGGAGUCCAGGCACUGACGGUCAUCGAGAAAUACACCGGCCUGGCUCUGUCCGUGCAAGGAAUACGCACGCUGACCCUCAAUGGAUUGCGAGAAAUGAGCAAAGAACAACGUGUAAAUUAAAGUAGACGUGAACACUUUCUGAUUCUUUCUUUUUUUUUUUCAAGUCACCUGGAGUUGACGUGAAAGUUAU